AUGAAUUCCAAAAUCAAUCCUUCCGUUUUGCAAGCUAAAGUUCGAGAAAUGGAUGCAAGUGUCCAAAAAAAUAUAAAACGAUUGCAUACUAAGCCAAAGCUAAAAGUGCUGAAACAAAAAUGGACUAAACCUCAUAAUCGGACCUUCCUAGUUAUUCAAUGGGACAUUGAAGCACAGCCUGGUGAAUACGAUUAUGUUGCUGUCUUUGACAAGGAUCCAUUAUCACCACUUGAUUACAUACCAUAUCAGUUUUAUUGGGUUAACAGAGAAAGUAAUAAAACAGUGAUAACUGAUGUGGUCCUUAAAGAAAAUACCAGUUAUUUCGUAGCCUAUUAUACCUAUUUACGAGAUCCAAUUGAUCUUGAUCACUGUGAUUUUACACCACUGGAGAUUGCCACUGUUCAUAUUAAUAUUGAAGAGUUAUCCGCUCAAGAUGAUGGUUUAGGUUAUUCAAUACAACCCCAUCCUCGAAUAGCUCCUCAAGAAAUUAAUAUGGAACAAACUAAAGAAGCAUUAACGGCGGAUCUUGAUGAUGGGGGUUAUCAACCUCACGAUCCAUUUUUGACUGCAUCUGGCCAAUUCACUUUAGAUUCUGGCCUCGAUUUAAAUUUAACAUUCGACUUGAAUUGGUUUCAUCCAGAUAAAGUCAGCAUGUGGGAUUAUGUUGCAAUAUUCGAUCAUUAUCCUGAAGAUGCUGAUGACUUUAUUGCUAAUCAAUGGUGCUGGGUAAGUAAUCACCAUAAUGGCUGCUAUAGUACUACAGUCAAUUUUGAUCGUAGUCGAGAUUAUUACGUAGGAUACAUGAUCUACGAUUUUACUGAAAAGAAAUUCGUAAUUAAAGAAGUCACAAAAUACUAUACACGCAGCAAUUGGAUGACCGAUUUGAAAGAUUCCAUUGGUAACGUACGAAUUAAAGAUUUAACUAUACCAGGAACUCACAACUCAGCUUGUUAUAAUAUGACAGUACCAUUGGCAGAUGCUUUAACCCAAUCACAAUCGGAGACAUUUGAGCAACAACUUUUCGAUGGAAUUCGAUAUUUUGAUUUGCAUGUUGAGUAUUAUGGUAAAUAUGAGGAUAAAUUUUGGUUUACACACCAUGAAUGGUCAACUGAAGUAAGCGUAUCGCACUUUUUAAAUUUAAUCAAGAACUUUAUAACCAAUAAUCAAGAAAUUGUUAUGUUAGACUUUAACCAGUUUUACUACUUUAAUCAUCCUAGUGCACAUGAUGAAUUGAUUGAGUUAAUCAUUAAACAUCUGGGUGAUGAUAUGGCUUUAGUUUCAUAUUCUCAAGACGUUACUGUAGGUAAAUUAUGGGAAGAAAAUAAGCGUGUAAUUGUCGCUUAUGAUGGUAAACUACAAUCAGAAAAUUACCGGAAUGAAAAUAGACUUUGGCCAACUAUUCAAACUGAAUGGGAUAGUGUUGAAACAUUAGAUGACGUGAAGAAGAAUUUAGAUCAAGAAAUUAAUCAACGCCAUCAUGGAAUUUGGCUACUACAAGGAAUCUUUAAGCUUACAGAAGAAAGUAAAGUAUCACGUAAUAUCCAGGACUUAGCUAAUAUCAUUAAUCCUAAUCUAAGCCGAUGGAUGGAUGAUGAUUGGAUACAUAAAAAUAUCAACGUGAUUGUGUCAGAUUUUUAUUUAGGUAAUAACAUAAUUUCUAUGGCCAUUGAAAGGAAUUUAGCUAGAGGUCGUGCAGCUCAAUAUUCUGACGUUUAA